CUUACCCCCUAACCUCCACUAUAGACUUAUAAAAAAGCUAUAUAAUUAUGUGCACCAACUAUCAAUAUAUAUACGUGGCUUUUCCUUUACUUCCACUCAAAUCACCCACAAAAAAUCCUCUCUAAAGAAAAAAACUCUUUCCCACAAGAGUCUUCAUCAUUCUGUUUCAGCCAUUAUAGUUUCUGUUAAGCUCUAUAAUCCCACCACUUAAGCUUCCCCUUCUUCUCAAUGAGCUUAACACAAUUUUCUUCAGCCUGGACAAUGAAGCCUGGAGCUGCUUCAAGAGCAAAGCUUCCUCUCCCUUUAAUCGCCACCAUUAUCUGUACUUUUGCUUUUAUUGCUCUCCUCUACACUGAAAGUCUCGGUUUUCUUUCUUCCAACUCCAUUUUCAAGAUUAAAUCAUGUUCUAGGAAAGAUUCCAUUUUCAAAUCCAAUGACAGAAUUUCAAACGAGAAGACAGAUGCUCUUUUGAUAGAUGACAGGUUCGAUUUCGAUCCAGAGGAAUGCACAGUUGGUAAUGGGAAAUGGGUGUUCAACAGAAGCAUUAAGCCAUUGUAUACAGACAGAAGCUGCCCAUAUCUUGAUCGUCAAGUUUCUUGUGCCAUGAAUGGACGGCCGGAUUCUAACUACACUCACUGGGAAUGGCAACCAGAGGAUUGCAUCUUGCCUAGGUUUGAUCCAGAACUUGCCCUGAAAAAACUUCGAGGAAAAAGACUAUUGUUUGUAGGAGAUUCAUUACAAAGAGGUCAAUGGCAAUCUUUUGUUUGCCUGGUUGAAUCCAUCAUACCUGAAGAUAAAAAAUCCAUGAAACGAGGGCGCAUUCAUUGUGUCUUCAAAGCCAAGGAGUAUAAUGCAACUAUAGAAUUCUAUUGGGCACCAUUUUUGGUUGAAUCCAAUUCCGAUGUCCAAAUAAUAGGUGAUCCAAAGAAAAGGAUACUUAAAGUGGAUUCCGUUGCCAAGCAUGCCAAACACUGGAUUGGAGUGGAUAUCCUUGUCUUCAACACUUAUGUUUGGUGGAUGAGUGGCUUGAAGAUCAAGUCACUAUGGGGUUCAUUUGCAAAUGGGGAAGAAGGAUAUGAAGAAUUGGACGCUGCAGUUGCUUAUAGAAUCGGUUUGAAGACUUGGGCCAACUGGGUGGACUCCACUAUCAAUCCCAACACCACUCGAGUCUUCUUCACUACCAUGUCUCCUACACACCAAAGAAGCGCAGAUUGGAACAACAAAGAAGGCAUAAAAUGCUAUAAUGAAACAGGUCCAGUGAGAAAAAAGGGACAUUGGGGAACAGGUUCAGAUAAAAGGAUAAUGAAGGCGGUGAGUGAUGUAGUGGAGAAGAUGAAAGUUCCAGUAACAGUGCUAAAUGUAACACAGAUUUCAGAAUACAGAGUGGACGCUCACUCCUCUGUUUAUACAGAGUCUGGAGGCAAACUCUUAACGGAAGAGCAAAAAGCUGACCCACUACACCAUGCAGAUUGUAUCCACUGGUGUUUGCCAGGUGUUCCUGAUACUUGGAAUCAAAUAUUUUUGGCAAAUUUGUAGAUAAUAAAAUACCAAUUCUUCAAUAUAAUACAUAAUGACAUCAGUUUUUUUGUGCAUGCUGUUUUCUCUUAUAAGGAGAAAAAUUGAUCAAUUAUAAAUAUAUAUAGCAUGCACUUUUGGUUUUU